AUGGAGAUGAACAACAUGGUCCCACCUAGCGCAUCACCCACGCCAACCAGCGACGAAGACCCGUGCAGGAUAGAUGUCACCGAUGCGGCCGUAGACAUGGUCACGCUGCUCAUCUGCCUCUGCGGGCUGGUGGGGAACGGGGCCGUCCUCUGGUUCCUCGGCUUCCGCAUCCGCAGGAAUCCCAUCACCGUCUACAUCCUCAACCUGGCCGUCGCCGACUUCACCUUCCUCCUCUUCAUGGUCACCUCAUCCCUCCUCUACAUGAUGGAGAAUGUCUUCUGCUCCGCUGUUGUGUCCUUGAUGUACCUGAGGUCGCUUUUCCUGCUCUCGCUCUUCUCCUACAACAUGGGCCUGUACCUCCUGACGGCCAUCAGCAUCGAGAGGUGCGUGUCCAUCCUCUGCCCGCUCUGGUACCGCUGCCGCCGCCCCCAGCGCUUGUCGACCGUGGCGUGUGCCCUGCUCUGGGCCCUCUCCAUCGCUGUCAUUGCUGCAGUGACUUCUCUCUGCCUGUUGCACGAGCAUGAGCACUGCCGGCUGGCUCUCAUCUCCAUGUACGUCCUCAACUUCCUUAUUUUUGCCCCACCUAUGGUCGUUUGCAGCACAAUCCUCUUCAUUAAGGUCCAGUGUGGCUCCCAGCAGCGCCAACCUCCAAGGCUCUACAUCGUUAUCUUCCUCACCGUCCUCUUCUUCCUCCUCCUCGCUCUUCCCCUCAGCAUCUGGAAUUUCCUGCAGCAGUUCAGCUACACUGUCGUGCUCUCUCAGGUUGUGUUCCUGCUCGCCUGCAUCAACAGCAGCAUCAAACCCUUCAUCUAUUUCUUGGUGGGGAGCUGCCGGAGGCACUGCUCCUUGGUGUCCCUCCAGGUCACCUUCCGGAAGGUCUUUGAGGAGCCAGAAGACAACACUGCAUGCAGCAACGAUACUACGAUGGAUACGCUGGCCCCAGCCUGUUGA